AAAGACUUGCUGUUCGUAGAUACGGUGUAUAUUCAAAGCCAGAGCGUCAACAUUAUUGCAACAAUUUCCGGUACCUCCAUUUUGGAUCACGAGACUGGUCGAGAAACAAAGCUUUCCUGGUUGAGGUCGCAUAAGUCUCAACAUACUUUCGGGAAUGUAAAGGCAGAAAUCGAAAACAGGUAUUUAUGGAUUGAGAGCCCUGAAUUUGGCAGAGUCGCCGUUAUGAAGUACAACAACCAUCUUGAUUUUGACCUUGCCUAUGAUAAGUCCGUCGUUGCAGGUGGAUUUGUGGGAGAUAUCUGUUCCUCCGCUUUUACCAAGGCCAGCAUGCCAACCAACAAGCCAUUGAAGUUUAACAGCAAACACUUCUUUACGGGAAAUCAUGAAAUUAAAAAUGGAGUCCUUACUGCGAAUGAUGUCAGCGUCGAUCUUACCAUGAGGAAAGGUGUGUAAAGACAUUUGACAAUCUUAGUAUUGAUGGGAGUAGGGGUUGACAAUAUUUAUGAUCUGAUUGCUCCGUGUUCACUUGUGAUCCACUCGAU